CGACCUUUGUCCCUUGCAUACUACAAAUGACAUGGCACAAAUUUGCACAUCUAUUCAACGAGAUAACAUCCCGAAUGCUUGAAAUUCCAUGAUUUUCAAACGGCUUUCUGAUGUGCUGAUGACCGUGGGCAGCCGUCAUCCGUAGAGACAGCCUGCUGCACUCGUCUUACAACGCGGAUUGCUAGUCACCCGCAACAAAAUGAGCAGUCGAAACAAGCGUGCCAAGUCCCCGGACGUCGAUGCGAUCGAGGAGGAUGAGAAACAGUACGGCAGCGGCUCCCUCAGUCUUGCAGAGCUCGACGAGCACUUUCCCAACCGACCCCGCAACCACUCCAAGACACCACCCUUCUCGCACCUCUUCCAGCAUCUGUUCAAUCCUCUGAUAGAAUGCAAGCCCACCACCGCCGGCGCUGCGGCGGGCGCCACCCGGCGGACCGCCCGCGGCGGGGCCGGAGGCCGGGGCGCCUCCUCCAAGCUCUCGUACCACGAGCAGCGCCGCCACAUUGUCGAGCGCUUCAUGUCGCGCUGGCGCGCCGAGGUCGGCCCGGAUUUCUACCCGGCCAUGCGCCUCAUCCUGCCGGACAAGGACCGCGACCGCGGCGUGUACGGGCUCAAGGAGAACACCAUCGGCAAGCUGCUCGUCAAGGUCAUGAAGAUUGACCGCAACUCGGAGGACGGCUACGCGCUGAUGCACUGGAAGCUCCCCGGCGGCCACGGGGGCGGCGGCGGCGGCGGCGGAGGGAGGUUCGGUGGCGGGGCGAUCAGCACAGCCGGGGAUUUCGCGGGCAGGUGUUACGAGAUUGUGAAGAAACGGCAGAUGAGGAGCGAGCCCGGGGAGUUCACGAUCGGGGACGUGAAUGUGAUGCUGGACCGGCUGGCCGCGGCGAGCGGUGAGGCCGAGCAGCUGCCCAUCUUUGAGGAGUUUUACCAGGGAAUGAAUGCCGAGGAGCUGAUGUGGCUGGUGCGCAUCAUCCUCAAGGAUAUGAAGGUUGGCGCGACCGAGAGGACGUUCCUGGGGCUGUGGCAUCCCGACGCCGAGGCGCUCUUCAGCGUCUCGUCGAGCCUGAGGAGGGUCUGCUGGGAGUUGUACGACCCGGAGUUUCGCCUCGAGCAGCAGGAGACGGGUGUGACGCUCAUGUCGUGCUUCCAGCCCCAGCUGGCGCAGUUCCAGAUGACGACGACAUUUGCGAAGCUGGUGGCGAACCUGGGAGUCACGGAUGAGAACCCCGAGUUCUGGAUCGAGGAGAAACUGGACGGCGAGCGGAUGCAGAUGCACAUGCGGGAGGAUGACUCGGUGCCGGGAGGGUACAGGUUCGCCUUCUGGUCUCGCAAGGCCAAGGACUACACCUAUCUGUACGGAAGCGGGCUGGAAGAUAACAACUCGGCCCUCACCCGGCAUUUGAAGGGGGCCUUUGACAGCGGCGUCCGCAACCUCAUCUUGGACGGCGAGAUGAUCACCUGGGACCCUGAAGUCGACAAGAUUGUGCCCUUUGGUACCCUCAAGACUGCCGCCCUGGACCAGCAGAAAAACCCUUUCCACAGCGGCCCACGCCCGCUCUACCGCGUGUUUGACAUACUUCUCCUCAACGACAAGUCGCUCACCGAGUACACGCUCGCCGACCGGCACCGGGCCCUCGAGCGUGCCGUCAAGGGGGCGCCUCGCCGUCUCGAGAUUCACCCGUACGUCUCAGCCACGUCGGCCGACGAGAUCGAGCCGCUCCUUCGCGCCGUUGUGGCCGAGGCCUCGGAGGGACUCGUGCUCAAGAACCCGCGCUCGCGGUAUCAGCUCAACAGCCGCAACAACGACUGGAUCAAGGUGAAGCCCGAGUACAUGUCCGAGUACGGCGAGUCACUCGACCUGGUCGUCGUCGGCGGGUACUGGGGCUCGGGCCGACGCGGCGGCACGCUCUCGAGCUUCCUGUGCGGGCUACGCGUGAGCGAAAACUUUGUGCGGUCGGGCGCCGCGGCGAGCCGGGAGAAAUGCCUCAGCUUCUGCAAGGUCGGUGGCGGGUUCAAGGCGGAGGAUUACGCCGAGAUGCGGCACCACACCGAGGGCAAGUGGAGGGAGUGGGACCCGGCCAGCCCGCCGUCCGAGUUCGUCGAGCUGGGCGGCGGCGAACGGCUGCAGUACGAGCGCCCCGACGUGUGGAUCCGCCCGAGCGAGUCGGUCGUCAUCUCCGUCAAGGCCGCGUCGUUCGCGCCGUCGGACCAGUUCGCCACGGGCUGGACCUUGCGGUUCCCGCGCUUCCGCAAGCUGCGGCUGGACAAGGCGUGGGACGCCGGCAUGGACGUGGACGAGCUUGAGGCAUUGCGGUCCAAGGUCAAACAGGAGGAGAAGGAGCGCAAGGCGAUGGAGAUGGAGAACCGUAAACGAAAACCGGCAAAGAGACAGAAGAGGGAGCUGGUCAUCGCCGGCGCUGCUGACCUUGCCGGGGCCACGGCCGACUUUUUGGCCGUGAAGAAACCAAAGACCGACCUGUUCCGAGGCUUGGAUUUUUGCGUCUUGUCCGAGGCGGUUAAGCCGAAGAAGAUGAGCAAGCCAGACCUGGAGAAGCUGAUCAAGGAGAACGGAGGCAGGAUACACCAGACAGUGGAGAAAGGCUCGGGCAUGAUCAUCCUGGCGGACAAGAACGUCGUCAGGGUGGCGAGCCUCAAGAAGGCAGGCGAUGCGGACAUUGUGCGGCCAAAGUGGGUGUUUGACUGUCUCGAGCAGAGCGGCGGGGAGGGCUAUCUGCUCCCGUUUGAGGAAGGCCAUCUCCUUUCUGCCACCGAGGAGAUGAGAAAGCUCGCCGAGGAGAGUACGGACCAGUACGGAGACAGCUAUGCUCGGGACGUGGGCGUCGAUGAGCUGAGAGACAUCCUGGAACAGAUGGAACUGCCCGAAGAGGGUAGCCACUUUGACGUCGACAACUUCCUCGAUCAGCUGGAGGAGCACGGCAGGGGAUUGGACGGGCUGGAGAGCUUCAUGUUCAGGAGGUGCCGGGUGCACUUUGCGCUUGGGGAAGGAGUGCCCGAGUCUAGAGCGCUCAAGCUGAUGAACUACGUGCGAUUUGGAAACGGCGAGGUGGUGAGUGAUAUCGAAGACAAGAGGAUUACGCACGUGGUUGUUGUCGGUGGGAAGGGGGAAACAUCCGCGUCCGAGAGAGUGGUGGCGGCAGAUGUGAGGUAUAAGGUCAGCUCGAGGAGGGCAGUACCGAGGGUUGUCUCUGCGAGGUGGGUUGAGGACUGCUGGAGAGAGGGCACCCUCGUGGAUGAGGAGGAAUAUGCACCGACCUAGCGGCAUUGUAUGAUACGAGAACGUGACAUAACACAACAUGUAGGAUACCCUUGGCGGGAAUGUACGUCUUGUUUUAUACGUCUGGACUAUACGUCCCGGCGUAGGGAGAUAGAUGUC